AUGCAACUUUGUGUGCCGUGGGGGCUCCUCGUCGGCAUUUUGUCUCUCGCUUCUGCAGCUGUGACACAGAAUGGAACGGAAGGAAUCGAUCUGUUUGAGGUCCAUCUUCCUGUUGACUGGAAAGAUGCAGUUGCCAAUGGGGUAAAAUUUGUCUUCGUCAAGGCAACUGAGGGUAUCAACUACCAAAACCUACGCUUCCCCACUCAAACAGCCGGUGCACUCGCUGCCGGGAUUGUCCAUGGCGCAGUGCACUUCGCAUCUGCAGCGGAAAGCAGCGGAGCCGAUCAAGCAGACUUCUUCAUCGAACAUGGAGGGAACUGGACCGCGGAUGGACAGACGCUCCCCGGAGUGCUGGAGAUGGAAGGCAACAUUGCCGGCAAGCUUUGUCACGGGAUGACGCCAAUAGAAAUAACGGACUGGAUGCUUGAUUUCUCCCUCAGAUACAAGGCCCGGACGAGCCGACCGCCGAUCCUCUUCCUCUCAGCGGACUGGUGGGCAAAGUGCGCAGGGAACAAUGCGACGUUUGGCGCAGAUCAUGCAUUAUGGUUGGCGAAUUGGGCUGAGGAGAUGGGUGCACUGCCGACAGGCUGGAAGAGUGCUAGAUUCUGGCAAUAUGCCGGUUGGAGUGAGAAUGGAGGAGAGGCAAAUGUGUUUUUUGGUAGUUCCAAGGACUUAGUAACGUUUGCAAUGGGAGCUGAUAAAUGA